CGGAAGUGUUCCGGGUUCCUAGCGCCGGUGCUUGUGGCCGAUCCCUGGUCUCCCGGUGGCGGUGGCCGCGUCCGGAGGCGGGCUGUGCGCUCGGUCCUGUCUCUGCCGCUGCGUCGACUCCUCGGCAGGGCGGGAAAGCGCUGUUGCAGGCCACCGGAGACCCAAGGAACGCUGGGAAAUGAAAUUCGACUGCCUCUCCUUCCGCCAGCCUUAUGCUGGCUUGGUCCUCAGUGGGGUCAAGACCUUGGAGACGCGUUGGCGCCCCCUGCUGAGGGACCAUCAGAACUGUACCAUUGCCAUUCACAUAGCCCACAGGGACUGGGAAGACACGGCCUGGAAGCAGCUGCUGCUGGAGAGGCUUGGCAUGAACCACACUCAGAUUCAGGCCUUGCUGCAGGAAGGGGACAAGUUUGGCCGUGGAGUGAUAGCUGGGCUUGUGGACAUCGGGGAGACACUGCAAUGCCCAGAAGACUUAGCUCCUGAUGAGGAGGAAAAACUGGAAAAUCGAGCUGUACUGACCGACCUGAAGCACAAGUACCUGACCUCGCUUUCCAACCCCAGGUGGUUACUGGAGCCCAUACGUAGGCAUGGUCGGAAGGGCAUCUUCCAGGUGGACAUCCCAGAAUACCUGAUCCCCUUGGAGCAAGAGAUCUGAGAGGGAACGACUCCUGAGAAGGGGAGGGAAAGAUCAGCUCCAUCAUGAUCCUGUCACUAGUCCAUCACUCCACAGGCCAGCCAGUGUGGUUCAGCCUGAAUUAUACUGCAUUGCUGAGCGUGGCCCACCAUAGGUUGGCCUUGUUCACAGAUCUCAGAGCGAGGGA